AUGGCGACGCGGAUGCUGCGAUCUGCUGUUGCUGGCCUUGCGCUCCGGCGAUCGGCAAGCCUGAGGCUUCCGGCUCGCACCCCCAUGAGCCCUGCGUCGGCUGUAUCCUUCAGCAGCAAUACCGCCGGCGGCCAGAUCGCUUCCGCUGCCGAUCUCUCCUCGCGGCGCCAUGGCUACGCCUCCACCGCCACCCCCACCCCCUCCCCCUCCCUCCUCUCUGGCCGUGGUCUCCACAGCGCCUUCGCGGCUGCCGCCACCCCCAACCGCACCGAGCUCCUCACCCCGUCGGCCCUUGCCGCCGCCUCGCGCACUGACGCGCUCGUCCGCGGCUCCGGCGGCCCCUCUGCGGCGCUCGCGCCUGCUCCAUCGCACCUUGCGGCCGUCUACAUCAACCAACAUGUGCCGGUCGUCCUCAACCUCAACCCGCCCAAUUUCUCUCAGUGGCGGACGCUGUUCGAGGUGACCUUCCGCAAGACCGCCGUGCUCCCUCACAUCACUGCUCCGGCGCUCCCCGACGACCCCGCGUGGCUUCAGGACGACGCCUAUGUGAUCUCGUGGCUCUACAACCGCAUCAGCCCCGAGAUCUUCGGGCUCGUCCACCAGCGCGACGCGACCGCCGCCGAGCUCUGGGCGGCCAUCUCCUCCAUCUUCCUGGAGAACCGCGAGCACCAAGCCGUCUUCCUCGCCACCGACUUUCGCCGCAUAGAGCAAGGUGCCGGCUCCGUCCUCUCGUACUUCGCGCGGCUGAAGGACUGCGCCGACAGACUGGCGGACCUCGGUGAGCCCGUCGGUGAUCGUGAACAAGUGUUGAACAUGUUUCGCGGGCUGCACCCCCGCCUUCGCUAUGCUAUUCCCAUCCUCACAAUGCAGACUCCGUUUCCUUCGUUUCUCCGCUGCCGCGCCUUCCUGCUGCUCGAGGAGAGCCGCCUGGCGCCGGAGAGCUCUAACGAGAUGGCUCUGCAUGCUGCGCGCGCCCCCAACUCCGGCGGGGGCUCGUCCACGGGCGGCAACACCAACCGCCGUCUGGGUGGCAACGGCGGUCGCAACAAGGGCAAGGGCAAGGCCGUCGCUGAUGGCGGUGGCGGUGGGAGCUCCUCCGUGCCGCGUCCCGCAGGGCCGCCGACGCCUGCAACCACGCCCUGGACUGGGAUGGUCCAUGCGUGGCCCAUGCCCUGGCGCCCCUACACACCUGGCGCUGGUGUGCUCGGGCCCCGUCCGGGCGCUCCUGCUCCGUUCGCUGGCCACGCCGCCCACUACGGCGCACCUCCACCGAUCCUGCCCGGCGCCGCCCCGACGCACUGGACCCCGGGUGUCGUCCCUGCUCACCCACUGUACAACCCGGGUGCCUCGUCUUCAACUCCGCCCCGACGCCCAUGUGGGACCAAGCUGCACUCGUCCACGCGCUGA